AUGCAAAAAUCAUUCAGCAUCCAUGGACCUGGGGGUGAAAAGAAAACCGUCACCCAUAGCCAGCUGCCGCUGACAUCUGCCUAUGCAUUCACUGACUACAGGUCACAAGGACAAACAAUCAGUCACUCAAUCAUAUAUAUCGGCACUCCACCCAGCGCAAAACUCACACUAUUUAAUGCAUAUGUUGCACUAUCCUAA